ACAAAUAAUUAAAGGAAAAAAAGAGCAUUUAUCAUUGGCACUUUCUCCCUCGUUGCCAUCGCUGACCAAACCCAAAACCAUAUUAACAGAUACGACCAUUUUGCCCCAAUUCCCAAUUCCAAAGGAUUUGGACCGAACGCAGUUCCUCCCCGCUAGACGAAGAAGAGUCACCAGGCGUGUGGUAAGCACGGCAGCUGUUUCUUCUUCCCUUCCUCUAAGUCCGACCUCUGUUCUCUCUUUUAACCAGAUCGAUACAUUUGGGAGAGAGGAGGAAUCUAGCGCUUCUUUGUUUUCACAUCUCUACCACCUAAUCCCUCUUUUCAUAUUCCUUGCUUCGUCUCCUCUUUUUCAUCGCCACAUUCCUCUCUCUCUCUCUCUGUCCCUCGCCGGUCCAAAUUCCUGCUCCCCUUAUUCCGGGUUUCAUUCAAUUGUAAGGUAGCUUUCCGGCAGUAAGAUGGACUUCUUAUUCAGAGGCUUAAACGAGGACCCUUCCCCGGUGGAUAUGCUUAGGUGUCCAUUUUUGAGAAAUAUCAAUGAGCCAACUAAUUUUUCCUUCUCCUCAGCCAUGCCCUUUCCUAUGCCUGUGCGCUCUGGCAAAGGUCCUAUUUUUGAAGAUGGCCCUAAUUUUGAUUCGACAUUCAGACUAUUCCAUGGACAAGAUGGAGUAGUCCCACUGUCCGAAAGAUCAUUCCCAGUUUCAGACAGAAUUGAGACCCCCCUGCAAACCCGUCCUGAGUUUAACCCAUUAGCUGCAAAGGCAGCCACGAUCAGUCUCUCAUCUUUUGGCCCUGGUGGACCCUUUAGCUUCGAUGCCUUCUCUAAGAAGUGGAACAACAGUCAGAGCAAGAAAAACUCCAAAUCAUCCAAAAAAGGCUCACAGGGAGGAAACUCAGAGCAUGAGUCAAUGAGCAACGAAUGGCUGCAAAAUGGGAACUGCCCGAUAGCAAAGUCAUAUCGAGCAGUCGGCAACGUGUUGCCACUUGUUGCCAAAGCAUUUCAGCCACCACCUGGGGUUAAAAUCAGGUGCCCGCCUGCAAUUGUUGCUGCUAGAGCAGCUAUAGCACGUACCGCCUUUGCCAAGAAUCUUAGGCCGCAACCUUUGUCCUCAAAAGUACUGGUGAUUGGGAUGCUAGGCAUGGCUGCAAAUGUCCCCCUGGGAGUAUGGAGGGAACACACUAAGAAAUUCUCCCUCUCAUGGUUCACAGCCGUCCAUGCUGCAGUUCCCUUCCUAGGCAUGCUCAGGAAAUCCGUGCUGAUGCCCAAAUCAGCCAUGGCGUUCACCAUCGCAGCGUCGAUAUUAGGCCAAGUGAUUGGUUCCAGGGCAGAACGAUACCGCCUGAAGGCAAAGGCCAAAGCUGGGGAGGAGAUCACUUUAGUCGAAACUCGUGUGCAUCACUCUCCAUCACCCAUACACCAACAACCCAUUGCUGUGAAAACCGGGCACGGUGGCAAUCUGAUGGAGUAUCCAGUCGCUAUCCAUGGAGCUGGGACUCCUUCUCCAACUGCCAACGUUCUCUGCUAAACUCAUCACCACUAUCUCAGUGCUUGUUGUUGUUAAGACUUCAUCAUCUUUAUCCACUUGUAAUUGCAGCAGAAAUGCUAUUUGGUUCGUUCGAUUUGUGUAUUUAAUGACUGGCUGUCAUCUUGGUUGUGAAAGACAUGAUAUUGGCGGAGUUUGAGCAAAAUGAAUAAUAAUUUAUUGGGUUUGUGUUAUCUUCAAGAUAAAUGGUGCUGCAG